AAUGAAUUGAAAUUUGAGUUUGAAUUUCAUAUCAAAUAUUUAGAAAAUUCAUAUAAUUUUGAAACAAAUUAAAAGUUUAUUUGUUUUUUGAAUUGAAAUCUGAAUCGAAAUAAUUGUGUGAUUUGUUUGGGAAAUGACGAAAAGUAUUGAUUUGAAUCGCGAACUCAUUCUCGACGAGUUAUCCAACUUCGAGGCGAAGAAGAGCGCAGACAUUCCCGACCUAUUGAACCAGUAUUUGGAAAGUAUCGCACAAAAUGGUGAUCCACUUCCAUCGAAACACUAUAAGAGGACCGAUAAGUUCAUGCGAGGCAUCGAGAAAAACAUUUUAGUCGUCUCUACAAUUGAACCGCUAUCUGCUAAUGGGUCCAGCACUUCUUACGCGACGUCAAGCUUUAAGAACCUAUUCAUGCAUUCUUCCAAUUCGUUUCAAUCGACCGCUUCUCUGAGCUCUGCCUCCUCUUCAUUGUUAGUGAACGGAAUGGCAGACGUCUUGUGUGACAAUCAAAUGUCCAGUGAAUCGUCACUUAAGGCGCUGUCGGGUCCGAUCUCUCCCACUUCACUACCGCUCUCGCCGACAACGGGUUCGCCACCGAAUCCAAACCACACCACUACACCACUGCAACAAUUGGAUAGUUUCACCGCUGUAUUCGCGUCCUCGCCAUCAACCAACCCAUUGUCUGUUGUCUACCCCUUAUCCGACUCACCAAACAGUUCACCACUCAUCACAUCAUUGACUUCUGAGGACAACUGUUUAUUAUCAACGACUACUACCACUACCACUAUUAAGCCAAUUGAAACGUCGACUGACUUUGAGACCACAGUUAAUCCAGAGUUGGAUUCAUUGCUUAUAAGCUCUACCAGUAGUUCAUCGCUGGGAAAUACUUCGACAGACAUUACGCCAGAAAUUAAAACUGAUUUCGUCGACAAUAAUUCAAAUCAUGAAAUCAAUGAAACAAAACAUUUGAAAUCAAAUGAAACCAUCAGUAGCUCUAAAAUCGAUGAAGAGUUGCCCCAAACGUCUUAUGCCGAGAAUAUAGAGCCCAAUAAUAAUGUAAUUACCGAUAAAAUUGAUGAAACUGUUGUGACGGACGCGAAAGCCGUCACUUCGAGUGACGGUAGUCCUGAAGACAAGACAAUUGUCACCAGUUUUGAAAAGACCGAAAUCAUUAAAACAGACACCACUAGCACUCCGGUGGAGACAAUCGCUUGUGAUAUGGGUUUGAAUGAACAAAACGAAUCAUUAGUACCCGAGUUAAUGACCGAUUCACCUAAUAAUAAGACAGUCAUUGAAAGUACAGAUAAUAAUAGCGAAAUGAGAACCACUCCUGAGGACGACGCGAGUCAACCCAUGGACUUCUGUGGCUCUAAUGGUAACGCAGAUAAUAACAGUACAGAUAUAACGGACUUAAGCGAUAAGAAUACAGAAUUAAGCGCUGAUUUGAAUAAAAUGGACGAAACUGUGAGCCAUUCGGACCAAUCGGAACCAAUGGACGAGGACUGACUUCAUCUACACUGGAAGGCCUACUCUUUACACCAAUUUUUAGAACAUUUUUUUAUUUUAGAACAUUAUAUAUAUUAUUAUAAUUUAUAUAUAAAUUAUGAGUUUAUAUAAACCGCUUUUCAAACCAAUUGUUUUUUGUUUAAAAUUAUUUUUUAAUUUAAAAUUUUAAAAACAAUUCAAUAGCUGUUUGAAUAUUCAAUCGAAAGUACUCUUAAAAUAUGUAUUAUUUUGUUG